UUUCAGUUCAAGAACAGAAUAUUAUUCAACAGUAAAAAUAUGGAGAUGAUCAGAGGGACAACUCUGAAGACCUUUCUGCUAAUUUCUCUUUCUGUGGUGGCAACGUUAUCAGUAUGUGAAUCACUGCCUCUAUCCACGAAGGGAAGAUGGAUAGUGGACGAUGUGACUGGGCGGCGCGUGAAGCUGAAGUGUGUGAAUUGGAUUUCACACACAGAGAGUAUGAUAACCGAGGGGCUUCACUCUCAGCCAAUAGGAGACAUUGCUGAUAAAAUCAGUGAAAUGGGUUUCAACUGUGUUCGUCUCACCUACCCUACUUUUUUGUGGACGAGGGUGGAUUAUUACAACAAGACUGUUGCGGAGUCUCUUGAUUCUCUCAAUGCGACUGAGGCCAAGGCCAUGAUCGCUGUUCAGAAUCCUCGGUUCUUGAGUCUUCCCCUCAGGGAAUCGUAUGAACGGGUGGUUGGGGAGCUUGGGAGACGUGGGCUCAUGCUUAUACUUGAUAACCAUGUCAGCAAGCCAAUGUGGUGCUGCGAAAGAGAGGAUGGGAAUGGGUUUUUCGGGGACAAGUUUUUCGACCCCGAGGAGUGGAUUGAGGGCUUGUCACAAGUCGCCAACAGAUUCAAGGACGAAUCCCAUGUGAUCGGAAUGAGCAUGAGGAAUGAGCUUAGAGGCCAGCGUUCAAACCAGAAGGACUGGUACAAAUACAUGAGGGAAGGAGCCAAGGCUAUUCACAGCAUCAAUCCAAACCUUCUUGUGGUCGUUUCAGGCUUGAAUUUUGACAAUGAUCUCAGCUUCUUGAAGAAAAAGCCUUUCAGGUUAACGCUAAAUAACAAGGUGGUGUUUGAGGCACAUUGGUACUCGUUCGACGCCACCGAGCAGUGGAAUGACAAGCCGCCGGAGCAGGAGUGCAAAGACCGAGCACGAGAGUUCUAUAGAGACGCAGGUUUCCUUACAGAGGGAGAUAACCCUGCUCCUUUGUUUAUAAGUGAGUUUGGUAUGGAUUUAAGAAUGGGCAAUGUGGUUGAUAACCGAUACUUCAACUGCUACCUCCCCACUGUUGCUGCUAAGGACCUCGACUGGGCGCUGUGGACUUUGCAAGCUAGUUAUUACUACAGGCAGGGGAGCCUCUUCCUCGAAGAGGUUUACUCAGUGCUUGAUUUCAACUGGGAGAAGCCUCGGAAUCCACAAUUCUUAGAGAAAUUAACCAUUCUCCAAGAAAUGUUACAAGAUCCAAACUCAGAGGCUUCACCAUACUACGUAAUUGUCCAUGCAAAGAGUGGCUUAUGUGUGAACGUAGACGGUGAGAAAAAGGUUCAUGGAAGUGGCUGCCGGCACCGGACAAAAUGGACCCACUCCGGAGAUGGAUGGCCUAUUGAGUUGAUGGGAAGUAACCUAUGUCUGAAGGCUGUUGGUGAUGGGCGGCCAGUGAAGGUCUCUACUGAUUGUCGGAGCCAACAGUCUAGAUGGAGAAGGGUUUCGAAAGAGAAGCUCCAUUUGGCUGUGAGAGAUGAACAUGACCACACCGAGUCGCUGUGCCUGGACGCCUCAAGUUCAGACCCUUCUUCAAUUGUAACCAGGAAAUGUGCUUGUAAGGAAGGUGAUCUCAAUUGCCACCAUGAGGAGCAAAGCAAUUGGUUUCAGCUUGUCCCUUCAAAUAUACCCUAGUUUGGAUUUUAUACAUUUUAGAAAAUUGUUUUGGUUUUCCAUUGGUUUUGUUUAGGGAAGUAAAUUCACUAUGUUUAGCAUCAAACAAUAAUAUUUUUCAAUAUAAAGGGGUGUACUUUUUAGGA